AUGGCAUCCACCGCGUCGGUGCAGGCACCGACAGCCGAUCCGCGCGCGGAACCGCGCGCAGGGGGCGGCGUGUCUGGCUUUCUGGGUUCGGUCAUCGACGGGAACCCCUACUUUUCUGCAGGCUUUGGCCUGAUGCUUUUUGGCGGUGCGCUUGCGUACUCCAAAGGGCUGAUUACAUUGGGCGCGCGAUUCGCGCAGCGACGCAUGCUCGUAUCGCUCGAGAUCCCUUCGAAAGACCGUGCCCACCCCUGGUUUCUGCACUGGGUAGGUGCACAGGCCCAGGCCCAGGCGCUGCGGCGCAAAGCCAACAAUGGAAAACUGCCGCGCGAGUCCCUGCUGGCGUUUUUAGGCUUUUCCAAGGCGCCGCUCAAAGGUACGCACGACGGGCAUGCGUACGAAAGCGAGGUACACGAUCCUUUGCGUGCAGGAAGCGGGAGUGUAUCGCCUGUACGCAUCAUCAGUCGUGAUCUUGCCGUAGAUACGCAGUACGAAGAACCGACGAGGCGGGCGGCUGCAAGCGGCGCCGAGCGCGGCGUUGCCACAUUUUCGCUCGUUCCUGGCCCCGGCACACACUGGUUUCGGUACCGCGGCGUGUGGAUUCGUCUGGAGCGCGAGCGCAACGGAAAAAUGGUCGAUCUUUCCAACGGCGCGCCGUGGGAAACCGUGACGCUCACGACACUCGCGCCGCACGCGAGCCUCUUUCACCAGCUGCUCAACGAUGCACGACAGCUUGCGCUUGCGUCCACACAAGGCAAGACGCUGCUCUUUACGAGCUGGGGCGUCGAGUGGCAGCCGUUCGGCCAUCCACGCCGAGUGCGCGAAUUGGACAGCGUCGUGUUGCCGGAAAGCUGCAAGGAGGAGUUGGUGCACGACGUACAGCGAUUUUUGCAGCGCGGCCCGUGGUAUGCCAAGCGCGGUAUUCCCUACCGGCGGGGCUACCUUUUGCACGGUGCGCCAGGCUCGGGCAAAACAUCGUUUAUUACUGCGCUUGCCGGCGCGCUGGAUUUUAACAUCUGUUUGCUGAACCUCGCCGAGCGAGGCAUGACCGACGAUCGCCUGAAUCAUUUGCUCUCGAAUGCGCCAGAGCGGAGUAUCAUGCUGCUGGAGGACGUAGAUGCAGCGUUCCAAGGCAGGAACGCGGAUGCGCCAGAACGGUACGCGGAUGGAUACCAGCCCAACGUGACCUUCUCAGGCCUGCUCAAUGCGCUCGACGGCGUCGCAUCGGGCGAGUCGCGCAUCAUUUUCAUGACGACGAACCACCUGGAGCGCCUCGACGCUGCCCUCAUUCGGCCGGGCCGUGUGGAUAUGAUCCGCGAGUUGGGCGAUGCGACGCCGGAGCAGGUGCGCGAGUUGCUCAUUCGCUUCUACUUUAGCGAUAGGCUCGAAGAGCGAGUCUCUGCGGCGCGCCGCGCGCGCGGACACGACCCUCGCGAAUUCAGCCACGCACAGCACGCACAGGCGCCCGACGCAGAUACAGACUACUACCGUGAAGCACUGUCCAAAACCACCACGGAACUGCACACGCUUGCGGAUGCAUUAGUCGUGCACGCCGCAAAAGCGACGCAGCGCCGGCGCGAAGCACUGCAUCUCACGCCGGACGGCUAUCCGCGCGAGGGAGCCGGCAGUGCACGCUUGCAACGUCCCGCUUCGCGCGGCGGUGUCAGCAUGGCCGAGCUGCAGGGCCUCUUUAUUCGAUUUGCCGACGAUCCGCAUGCGGCAGUAGCUGCGUUUGGCGAGGAGUCUGCGCAACUAUAG